AUGGCUGUAGGAGGCGGCCCGAGCCACACACCUUCCCGGGGCGCCAUGGAGGGCCGUGCAGGGGGCGGGGCGGGGCAGCCACUCGGGGCUCCUCGGCCGGGCUCGGCGCCGCUCGUGCAGGUGCUCCCCGCCGCUCCGCCUGCCCCGCCGCCCCUGCCCCACGUCAUCACGCCCCCCCUCGCCCACGUCAUCGCCCCGGACCAUGACGUCACGAUGCCUGCCCCCGGAGUGACGCUCAGCCCCGAGGCAAGUUCCAUACCAUCUGUCACCGCCAAUCUCCUCCAUGGUGUUCCUCCCUCCACUGCCAUCACCACCACCACCACUAUGGGUGCUACAGACAACUCCAUCACCACCACCACCACCACCACUGCUGCCUCUACCACUACUACUGUUAGCAUUACUACUGCCACCACUACUAACAAGACCACCACCACUACCGACAACCCCACAACCGCUGUUCUACCAGACAUUAAGGUCACUCCCACCUUCAGCAUUGAGCCGGAUUGGAAGGAAGCAGCACGGGAGCCGGUCCUCACAAUCAGGUGCAAGAAAACUACAGCAGAACUGCACAAGAACAGGUUUGGGUCUGGGUCCCGCGGCAAAUGCAUCAGGCUGGGGAAGGAAUGGUUGACGCCGACAGAGUUUGAGGUUCACUGCGGCCGCUCUGCCAGCAAAGACUGGAAAAGGAGCAUCAGGUUUCAGGGUCAAAGUCUCCAGAGCCUGAUUGAUGGCGGCUUCCUUCAGAUGCAUGCCACCUCCUGUUCCUGCAGUGCUUGUCUACACAAUGAAGAAGCUGCCGGAUCAAUUCGCCUCCAUCGUCCCUUCAAGAGGAAAAAGAGAGACCGCUUCUUCCUCGACACGGAGAAGGCUCUCAAGCAAGGAAUUCCUGCCCGCCACUCACCUGCCACACCAACAGUGACUCUGCCAGUAUCUGGACUUGGAGAGUUGGCCAUGGUCCCCAGUCUGGUGUUGGGGGGAGGCACCCACUCUCCUCCCAGAGCACUGUCCACUUCCCCCACGGUAGCAUCCUCCACUGCCCCGCCAGUCAUGUCCUUGGCUGCUCUACCUCUCGACAAGGCAUGGGACCGCAUGAGUGAGGGGAUGGCUAUGGAGUGCGCUACGGUGCGUCCUCCCGCCCGACUGCCAACUUCCCUCAUCUUGCGCGCCACUCUGACGUUGUAUUAUUCUUGCUCUAAUGAUGUGUUGGUGGGUCUGGAGCGAAGCGUGUCCCAGGCUCACAUCCUCCUGCAGGAGUUGAGAGAGCGGACCAGACAAGAAACUCUGAACCUGCGGCAGAAGCUCUUACAGGAAAAAGAGGAAGCUGUCACCCAGGCCAAAAUUGAGGCUCAGUUCUCCAGCAUGGCAAAGUCAUCGGAGGGUUUUCUGGUUCAGGUGAGGGAUGACGAUGGUAACCAGUCCCUGCAGCCCAUCAUGCUGGACUCCCUGAUCUCCAGUGUGCCAAGCCUCAACCCAGCACCCAUCAAUGGAGUCCACAAAAAAUGUGUGAACUGCAAUCGGGAGAGUGACUUUGAGUGCUCAGGCUGCCAGAACAGAGCCUACUGCAGCGCUUUCUGCCAGCGACGGGACUGGCCCAGCCACCAAGGGGAGUGUGGACGAGCCAGCCCCACUCAGGAGGACCCUCUGAACAAUGUGUCUCAGGGUCCGGGCUACAUCUUCAUGCUUUCAGACUAAAAAAAUAUUAUAAUACACAAUCCAUGCCAUUUUGACUUUUGUAAUUUGAUACAGUUCAGUAUGUAUAUAGUUACUGAAGUUCCUUAUAUAAAAAACACCCUACAACUGAACUUUUCAUAUACUCAAUAGUUAGCCUGUUUGUGAUAGUGAGAGGCAAGUUUCAGGAACUGAUAAGGCAGAAGCUGACCACAUCUGAUGGAAAGAACUGGGAUUGUGACCUUGUAAAUUCAGCAAGUUAAAGAGACUCAACUUACUACAUUUGUACAUAUUUUUCCUUUGUCUUCAAGGGGUCAGCUGCUGCCUACAUGUUCCUGCCACUUGCUGAGAAUGGGAAAGAGCCUCAUUAUAGCACAAUGAACAUGAUGUGCCUUGAUAGCGUAAGGCAGGGGUUCUCAACCUUUUUGAUCUUAUGUACCCCUUCAAGUUUUUCAGUUUUGGUCACGUACCCCUAACCCAGAAUGCAGUACCAAGAAGGUUAAAAAGAAAUGCAUGGUUUAUCAAACACACACACACACACACACACACACAUACAGUGGUCGGUGAGUGGUCUCAGUCCUACCCAAAGAUCGGUACUACGAGCUCUGUGCUCUUCCGUAGGGGAACGGCUGGCUGUCUCGAGAGAGACCCGCAGCAGACCAAGAGGUGAAUUACACACACAUACACACGCACACACACACACACACACACUCUCCAGUAUGUGGGCUCACACACUCUCCCUUGUGGGGGCACACACAAUCUCUCUUGUGCGGGCACACUCUCUCGCCCUUGUGCGAGAACACACACUCUCGAUCCCUUGUGCGGGCACACACAUUCCCUUGUGCCGGUACACACACUCUCCCUUUUACAGGCACAAACACUCUCCCUUUAGUUUAUGAAGUAUAAAAUGUAUUAUACAUGUGAAAUAGACAAACCUUUUCAAGCAUUGAACCUAGGAGCUAGUGCUGAUAGGAACUAAUUACUAUCAUAAAGAAAUACUUUGUGAUUAGCUGCUACCAUUAAUAAAAUAUUCGUUUUUAAACCAUUGA